AUGAGCGGAGCGGGCCCAAAGUUUAGCAUCUUCCCUACUAGAAUGGCCCUCACCACCAUGAAGAAUCGUCUCAAGGGAGCCCAAACUGGUCAUUCACUUUUAAAACGUAAAAGUGAAGCAUUGACUCGUCGUUUUAGAGAUAUCUUGCGAAAAAUCGACGAGGCAAAGCGCAAAAUGGGAAAAGUACUUCAGGUUGCAUCUUUUUCCUAUGCCGAGGUCAAAUAUUCUACCGGUGACAUUGGCUACCAGGUUCGAGAAAGUGUAAAAACUGCCCAGCUUAAAGUAAAGGCAAAUACUGAAAACGUGUCUGGUGUCAUGCUGCCUACUUUUGAAAUGGUCGUCGAUGGUCAAAAUUCCAACGACCUUACUGGUCUGGGUCGGGGUGGUCAGCAAGUACAAAAAUGCAAAGAUACAUAUCAGAAAUCUGUACAGAUUUUGAUUGAGCUAGCCUCGCUCCAGACUGCUUUUGUAAUUCUCGACGAGGUCAUCAAGGUUACUAACCGUCGUGUCAAUGCCAUUGAGCAUGUGAUCAUCCCAAAAAUCGAGAAUACUGUCAAAUUCAUUACUUCAGAGCUGGAUGAACAGGAUCGUGAAGAGUUUUUCAGACUAAAAAAAGUACAAGGCAAGAAAAAGGAGCGUCAAGCUGUUGCAGAUGCCAAGAAGGCAGCAGAUGCUAAACCUCGAGACAAUGAAUCCUCCGCCCCUUCCAACAUGCUAUCUCAAUACGAACAAGACCCAGACAUCAUGUUUUAAAUCACUUUUAUCAAAGGCAUUUGAAAUAUAUCUUUAUGAUCAAA